AUGGUUCCACCGGCAAAGUAUACGAUUUCGGUACGAGUUUCUUCGUUGAAGCCAGCUGACGCCGCUUCGACAUUGACGCCACGAUCACUGGAUAUCGACCUAACUGCAUCAUCUGUGCGCGAUUUACGCUUUACGCACUUCAAGACGGACGCCGUGGUGCUUGUCACUUGUAUAGGGACGUGCGAAACCUUGUCGAUAUCCUUGUUGCAUGGAGGGAAUGUUAUCAACACAGUUCGUGGCAAGGAUGAAUUUAUCUUCAAGAGUAUCGGCCCUGGAAAUUAUAGAGUUCGAAUCGACGAAGGGGACCGAGGUUGCUGGGAACAACGUGAGCUCCCGUUGGUCAUUGAAAAAGUUCGUCCUCAACCAGUGCAUUUCGUACAGAGUGGCUUUGCAAGCAGUAUCAAGCUCAGCCAUCCAGCGCAACUGAAAUGGUCUCAUAUCGAUAAGAAACAACUUCGUGGAGAUGUUAACGCGCCUGCUGGUUUGUCAUCAAUUUGUGUGCCAGUGCAAGGUCGAUAUCAUGUGCAACUGAUUUCCUGCAUGAAUUUUGAACCGCAACAGUUUGAUAUAAAUGGUGAGCUUGUUUUUUUUUGUUUUAUUACUUGCUUAAUACCCGGUUUCCAAAUUUCCUAA